GUACCACUCAACGGGACCAAAUGAAGUUUGGCAUGUUGAUGGAUAUGACAAACUCAAACCCUUUGGAAUUGCCAUAAGUGGCUGUAUUGAUGGCUUCUCCAGAAAAAUUAUGUGGCUUGCAUGUGGAAAGUCCAACAAUGACCCAAGUGUCAUUGCUCAAAAUUAUAUUAAAUGUGUAGCUGAAUUUGGAGUUUUCCCAAUGCGCCUCCGCACGGACUGUGGCACAGAAAAUGGACUUAUGGCAGCACUCCAUUGUUCUUUGAGAUCAGAGCAGAGCGAUGAACUUGCAGGAACCAGAAGUCACAUGUAUGGCACUUCAACAUCAAACCAGCGCAUUGAAAGCUGGUGGUCAUACUUUCGUAAACAAAGGAUACAAUUUUGGAUAGAUCUGUUUGGUGACUUGAGGGAGAGGCAUCUGUUCAAUGGCAGCUAUGAACACACAAGGUUGCUGCGACACUGCUUUCUGGAUGUGCUACAGAAAGAACUGGAUGAAUACAAGCACCACUGGAACACUCACAUUAUUCGUCCUGUUCGGCAGUCAAAUUGCCCAUCUGGAAGACCAGAGGCAAUGUACUUUUUGCCUCACAGAUUCAAUGGGAUGAACUGUGGAUUCCCAGCAUCCCCACAAACUCUGAGCCAGCUUGAAAGACAUGUGCCAGCACCAGCAGCGCCCGAUGGGGACAGUGACCAGCAUGACUUUGAAGAACUGCAAAGACAGAGUGGUUUGGCACCACCUCUUCAGUGGCAGUCUGCUGUAGAGAACUACAUCACCCUGAAAAACAUGACUGACAUUUAAUAUUAAUUUCACAUUCAGACUAAUUCAGCUACCAAAUGGAGAGAACAUUAUAUUUCCAGACAUAACCCUUUGACAUAUAGGAAAACUACAACUUUUAGAAACAGCUGACAGAACAAAAUGAAGGAAAACAAAGGGCAUGUUCAAAGUUUUGAUCUUUUGACAAAAUAAGAGUCUAUAGCUGAGAAUUUCACUUUUCUGUCCUGAACACAGAACCUUUUUUUUUUUUUGGUACAUUUACAUAGUUCAGACUGUUUAAAAACAGCCAAAGCCAGGGGAAUUCUUAAUCCCAAAGUUCAUGUUGGCUUUGAAGGUGUUGUAGUUAUCCAAGAGAGGCAGCUUUAAAGUGUUGGCACAUGUAUUUGCCAUGGGGAACUUGGAAGUGGUAAGGAAUUGAAGGCGUGGCUGAGGAUUCAUGCCAGCAGGAGGUAUGCAUGGCACACCUGUGGCAAACAUGAAGAUCUCCUCCAGAGUCACUGCACUGUCAUUGUCUAAAAUUAGAAAGCAUUUGAACAUAUUUACUCAAUUGUAAUUUGGGGGGAUUACAUCACUGAAAAUUAUAUUAACUAACCUUCGCAGUCAAGAAGGUAAUCUGCCCAGAAACUUCUUGCUUUGUUCUCCAGGACCCUCAUGUUGCUUCCCACAGGACUGAGGUGGGGUUGGAAUAGGUUUUC